AUGUGUCGCCAACACCCAAAAAAAUCACGAUCACUACACUCAAAGUCACGUUCAGGGUGUGGAACAUGCAAAAUAAGACACAAAAGAUGCGACGAAACGCAUCCUGCUUGCCUCAGAUGUACAAGCACAGGCAGGAAAUGCGAUGGUUAUGCGCCAACUAUCGAUAAGAGGACGCGUGAAUGGCGCAACUUCGAAUCCAGAGGCUCUUUUGAAAAUAAUACCGAAUUUACGUUGUCAAUACGGCAGAGCUUAAAGACCCGGGCGUCGUCGACUUCUGUUCCUCUGCCGUUGAGCAGUGCCUCCCAAGUCAACCACACAUGGAGCGAGUUAUGGCAUCUGGACUUCUACCACAAUUGCAUAGCAGUGCGGCUUUCGCAUUACUUCAAAAACAUAUACUGGUCUGGAUUAAUAUAUCAAAUGUGCCAAAUUGAUCCUGCUAUCCGUCAUGCCGCAAUGGCUAUGAGUGCAUGGCACACGCAGUCAUGGCGAAUUUCGAAGAGCGGGAAAGAUCAGCGAGAUGGCAGCUUAUCUCUCUAUCACUCUUCAAGAGCAAUUGCUUGCCUCCGACACAGUCUUUCUCGUGAACUUUCCUUUUCACAAAGCUCAACCAACGCCCACAAGCAAGUUGUGCUAGUCGCAUGUUUGAUGUUUAUUGUCCUUGCUUUAUUCCAAGGAGACAUCGAUUCGGCUCGCUGUCACCUUGCCUCUGGUUAUAAACUCUUCAAAGAAUGGGAUCCUCGGAAUGACAAAGAUCCCACUGGCUUGGCUCUACGGCAGGCAUUUGGCCAGUUUCAUGUGAAUUUAUUCUUCUGCGCCCACUCCGAGUUAUUUUCCAAGAAUUUCGAAGCAUCCGAUGAGAAGAUUUGGAUACCCUCAGAUACUGCAGUCGACCUGUCAAUGAUGACACCACCUUCAUAUUCGGGUGUCAAUCAGAUGGAUCUUGUCUUAGGAUUCUUGACCGUUGUCACGGGCUUGAUACUGGAUUGCUCAUUCUGCGGGUUUGAUACUGGACCAGCAGCCUCAAUUAAUCGCUACGCGGCUGAGGUUCUGGCCAGAGUUCGGCUCUGUAAAACCCUUCUGACGGCAGUUCUCAUCGAACUUGAUGGUCUCAGUCCAGAGGAUUGUGAUUCACUACGAGUCUUUACCUUGUGGAUCGAAAUUCUCGAGAUCAAAAUCAAAGUCGCCAAAAGCCAAAAGCCAACUGAAAUGGCGUAUGACGAUCACCUGGAGCAAUUCAAGCACAUCACCAAGCUUAUACAUACUCUAUCGGGCUCGAGAUUUGGCGCGAGUGACAUCAACUUUUCUCCGCUGAAUUACAGGUGCUCUGUUCUUCCUGCUCUUUUGUGGACGGCAAUCAAAUGCCGAGACUGGAAGAUCCGUCAGGACAUCUGUUCUAUAUUAGAUGAUGAGCCGGGGCCUGAUUGCUGGACUUCUGCUACAUCUGCUGCGUUGAAGAGGCUCAUCGAUGCGGAGUCGAGUGGAGUAGAGUCAGGGAUGAUUAUUCCUGAAGCUGCUCGCGUCGACCUGGUCAACGUGAAGAUUCGUUUCGAGGAUUCAAAAGUUGAGCUUCGAUAUCGCAGAUCUCAAUACUUAUCAGAUCCCAACAUCGGUAGUGAUGGAUGGGAAAGUGACACAUUGCGCUAUUAG